AUGGCCGACGCGUCGUCCCCCGUCACGAACCGCAAGCAGGUGGCCAUCCUGGACUUUGGUUCGCAAUACAGCCACCUGAUUGCCCGUCGCGUGCGGGAGCUGCACGUGUUCUGCGAGCUCUACUCCUGCCUCGUCAGCGCCCAGGAGCUGCGUCAGCACCAGCUCACGGGCAUCAUCUUGUCGGGUGGUCCACAGUCGGUCUUUGACGAAGGAGCACCGCACGUUCACCAGGACGUGUGGAAGCUCAUCGAAGAGCAGAACCUGCCGGUGCUCGGUAUCUGCUAUGGACUGCAGGAGCUCGCCUUUACCAACAAUGGCAAGGUCGCGCCCUCCCAGCACCGCGAGUAUGGCAAGGCCAUUGUGACCCGCAAGAACGGCGUGAACUGUGGUGGUCUGCUCGAAGGGCUACCGGACGAGUUCCAGAUGUGGAUGAGCCACGGCGACAAGCUGCACGCCAAACCCGAUGGAUUCGUGGACAUUGCGACGACCGAGAACUCGGAGCACGCCGUGAUUGUCAACGUCGCCCGCAAGAUGUACGGUAUCCAGUUCCACCCAGAGGUGACGCACAGUCCUCUUGGCAAGGAUAUCUUGCGCAACUUCGUGGUCAACAUUUGCAAGUCGCCAACGGAUUGGGACAUGCGCAGCAUCGCUGACGCGUUCAUUGAGGAGGUGCGCGAGACAGUAGGUCCCGACGGUCAUGUGAUCGGUGCCGUGAGUGGUGGAGUCGACUCGUCUGUGGCUGCUGUGUUGCUGCAACGUGCUCUUGGCGAUCGCUUCCAUGCUGUGCUCAUUGACAAUGGCCUUUUGCGUCAAGACGAGGCUGUUGAGGUUGUUGAGCGACUGCAGAGCAAAUUGGGCAUCAAUCUAAAGUGCAUUGAGGCAUCCGAUCGAUUUCUUACUGCUCUCAAAGGCGUCACAGAGCCUGAGGCGAAGCGAAAGACGAUUGGCAAUCUGUUCAUUGAGCUGUUCCAGGAAGAGGCCAAGAGCAUUGGACACUCUGUCGAUUACUUGCUGCAAGGUACGCUGUAUCCGGACGUGAUUGAGAGCAUCUCGUACAAGGGCCCGUCGGCCACGAUCAAGACGCACCACAAUGUCGGUGGCCUUCCGGAGAAGAUGCACCUCAAACUUAUUGAGCCCCUUCGCGAGCUGUUCAAGGACGAGGUCCGUGAGCUCGGCAUAGCUCUUGGCAUUGACGAGCCCAGCGUAUGGCGUCACCCGUUUCCAGGUCCGGGUCUUGCCAUCCGUGUGCUUGGCGAAAUCACGCCCGAGUCGCUCAACACUCUGCGUCACGCCGACUCGAUCUUCAUUGAGGAACUGCGCAAGAGCGGCCACUACAAGACGACGGGUCAAGCUUUCUGUGUCCUGUUGCCGGUGAAGUCUGUGGGUGUCAUGGGCGACGGCCGCACGUACGAGAAGGUCAUUGCGAUUCGAGCAGUCAGCACGUCGGACUACAUGACGGCCGAUUGGUACCACAUGCCGUACGAGGUACUCGGCCGCAUGUCGAACCGCAUCAUCAACGAGGUGCGUGGCGUCAAUCGCGUUGUCUAUGACAUAUCGUCCAAGCCGCCCGCCACCAUCGAAUGGGAGUAA